AUGAAGCUUCGAUUACUGAACGAAGAAGUCCAAAGCCAGGAUUCGAAUCCGACGGUCGGCGUCGGAUGGCUGAACAACGAGACGGCCAUUUACAUUGGAGACGACAGAAAACUGAUGCAAUGGUCAUCUGAUACUAAUCAGCAUCACGAAAUUAGUAAUUACAAUAGGUAGAUUUGUUGAAUUUUGUUAAUUUUCAAUUUUUUGAAAUUUAAAAAUAUUUUUUUUUUGUUUUUCUGUUUUUUAGGUAUAAAUGUUUAGUUUUUAUAUGUUUAAAAAGUCUAAAGCUGAAUUUUUUUAAAACUCUUUUAUACCUAUACGUUAAUUUCUUUAAAAAAUUCUUUAUUUUUUGUUAUUAUGCCUUUUCCAGUCAAAGUUACCCGAUCCAAAUCGAUGUUCUCCAUCGUCAAGUUAAUACUGGAGCCAAAGCUAACACAGCCGAACUGAUUCUUGUCGCUACAUCAGAUGGAAAAGUGCAACAAGUUAAUGGAAAUACAUCCAAAAUUGACAAAACAAUUGAUGCUCAUGAUGGUGCUACUUUGUGCGUCAAAUGGAGUCAUGAUGGUACCGGGUUUUUAUCUGGUACGCUUUUUUGUUUUUUUUUGAUUUUAGGUAACAAAAGUGUUUUAAUUGCUGUUUUACAAAAAGUUCGAUUGCUGAUGCAGAACAAUGGCGCGUGUUAAUUUUGAUGCUAAAAGAAUGGCACUUUUAUAGUUGAUGCAAAAACAAUGGCGCAUAUUAUAAUUGAUGCGGGCAUGACGGCGUUUUACACUUUUUCAAUUUUAACAAAAUAUUGUUGUAGCCGGUGAAGAUGGAGCCUUGAAAACCUGGUCCCGUAGUGGUAUGUUACGCAACGUACUAUCUCAAGUUGGUCGUCCAAUCUACGCGGCCGAUUGGAAUUCAGAUGGCAGUCGAAUCGUGUACACUUUCGGCGAGAAUUGUGUGAUAAUGUCAUUGAAGAACCAGGUUCAACCAACCAAAUGGAAAGCUCACGAAGGCGUUGUACUAUGUUUGGCAUGGUCGAGUGCUGUCGAUCUGAUAGUGACUGGAGGUGAAGAUUGUAGGUAUAGAGUGUUUGAUUCGUUCGGCAGACCAUUGUACUCAUCACAUCAACAUAACUAUCCCAUCACAUCAUUGGCAUGGAAUUCUGAUGGGGAAUUGUUUGCUGUGGGAAGCUUUAAUGUGCUUCGACUUUGUGAUAGGGCUGGGGUAAGUAGGUCUGUAUAAUACAAUAUAUAAAAUAUAUUAUCUAUAAUAUUACUUAUUUGCUUUUAGUUUUAAAAUUGAAAUUUUGGAUUAUACGCAAUGUUAUAAAUGUUUCAACAACAAAAAUUGUGGAUCAAUAGUUGCAACGCGUUUUUAAAAAUAAAAAUUACUUGUGAUUUUUCAAAAAAAAUAUUUUUUGGAUAAGAAAAUAAGUUUAAAAACAGUAAAAAAGGAGGGGGUAAUGAACAUAUAACUUUAUAUGCAUUGUUUACAGUGGUCACAUUCAGUAGAACGUCGUCAGGUCGGGUCGAUCUAUCAGUUGUCUUGGUCGUUGGAUGGUACUCAAUUAGCUGCGGCUUGUGCUACUGGCCAGAUUCUUGUCGGUACUGUGGUCGACAGGUGCGUUUUUGAUCUAUCUUUUGUUUUAGAUAUUUUUUUUUGUAUUUUUGAUCUAUCUGUUACUUUGUCUACCUUUUAUAUUAUUCUAAAUUUAAAUUUUGAUUAUUUUGAACAAAAAUGAUUUCAAAAAUCAAGUGCAAUAUAGACAACAUUCAAUACUAUAGAUAUAGUAGUAAAUACAAGUAGAACCUUUUCAGAAGACUAUGGUGGAACAACAUCGAAGCAGUUCAAGUGGAGAAUCGUCGUAUCGACCUUCGAGAUGUAAUGUCAGAAGUUGCCAAGGAACGUUUGGAAGUGAAGAACAGAGUUACUCGACUUCAGUUGGGUUAUGGUCAGCUGGUGGUAUCUACUACAAAACAGUUGUAUAUCUUCAGUGCCAAGAACUGGAAUACACCUAUUAUUUGUGACUUGAAAGAUGGCAAUGUUACCUUGAUAUUACUGUGCGAAAAGUAAGGAAAUUAGUAUAUUUUGGGUAGUUUUUGGGAGUUAUAUUAUAGUAGGUAUUAAAUAGUGUUUAGGUGAUGAAUUUUUAAGAAAAUCUUUUCAUUAUUUAUAUUGUUAUAGCCAAAAACCUUCUGUAAACCAUUUCUAUAGUCAACUUAACUUUUAUUGGCUAAUAUCGGGUGGAUGUUACAGACUGUAACUUGCAGUAACAAUAACUUUACAUUAUUGCAGGUUCUUUAUGUUAGUCGACGGAGGCCUAGCCCAAGUUCUAAACUACGAAGGUCGUCAACAAUGUACUCUACGUCAGAACAAUGGCAUCAAUAUGGCCGAUCACCUAACUGAUCGUACUGCUGCCAUUUCCAAUGAUGUGUGUGCACUAAAAGACAAACAACAACCGAAUGUGAUACAUUUGUAUGAGACAAAGACGGGGAAGACGGCUGGCGAUGGGAAGAUCACUCAUUCUGUUGAAGUCGUCGAAGUUGCGCUGAAUCAAGUUGGAACGUUGGCGGAACGACGAAUCGCUUUUGUGGACGUGAACUCGGAUUGUUACUUGGGGAAGAUCAAUUCUUAUGGAGCGCUGAGGAGAUAUGAAAAGCUGGGUAGGUUAAUAUGGGGCAGCGUAGGAUAGGGUAAGAUAGGCUAGGGUAGAAUAGAGUAAAGAGCGUAGGCUAUGAUGAAGUAGGUCAUAGUAGUAAAUAAAACUUCUCACUACGUAUUUUACAAAAUAUACCUUCAGACUCCACCAUCUCGAACAUUCACUUCAACAACGUCACCAAUAUGUUAGCAGCCUUUCGUGAACGUCGCGUCAUUUGUUGGUCGAUGCCAUCGGUCGUAUUUACUGACCGGGAUCUCUUGGCCAAGACUUGUAUUACGGUAGAAAAUGAAGAUAUGGGAAAGUCGGCUUUUGUAGUAGGGUUUAUUGGGAAUGGUGUUACAGUAAGACGAUCUGAUGGAAGUUUGGUCAUCGCUUACAUACCACCAUUCUUGGGCGGAUUAUACAAAUGUUUUGGCAAAAAUGAAUGGGACAAGGCGCUGAGGAUGUGUAGGACUAUAAAGGUGGGGUAUUUUAAAGUUUUUAAAAAUUAUUUUUCAAAUUAAAAAAAUUUUUUAAGGUUUUUAAGAAAUAUAAAAAAAUAAAAUUUCUUCAAAUUUCAGGAACAUUAUCUCUGGGCAACGUUGGCUGGAGCAGCGGCUAUAAACCAAAAUUACCGUAUAGCCGAGAUAGCUUACAGUGAAUUACUAGAAGUUGAGAAGGUAUACUAUCUUGGUGAGAUCAGCGAUGAAACGAAGAAAGAAAGAAGAACAGCUUCGAUGGCUUUGUUCAAUGGCAAUACCAGAGAUGCCGAAGCUUCCUUAAUUCAAUCUGGAGACAAUUUUAGAGCUAUCAUGUUGAACUUGAGCAUGUUCAGGUUUGAACGGUACGAGUUUUUCAAGAUUUGACAAUUUAAAAUAGUAUUAUAAAUUAUUUUUUGAAAUUUCAGAGCUUUAGAACUGGCAUUAAAACACAAAAUGCAUGUAGAUACUGUACUCGGCUACCGUAAGCGUUAUUUGGAAGAAACUGGAAGAAAAGAAAAUGAUAGAAACUUUUUGAAACAUUAUGCUGAUUACGAGAUUGACUGGCAACAUAUAGUAGAACAAGUUCGACAUGACAUGGCUAAGAAAUAA